AUGGCCUGUAAGUGCCUCGCCGCCCUGGCGGCGGAUAUCACGGUGCUGGCCAGGACACCAGCUGGAUUCAAGCCUGCUUCGGAAACGGACCUCAUCGUCGAAAACCCCACACGUUCAAACAAUCUCCCAGUAACCACCUCUGAGCCUCGGAUCGGCACCCUCACCCGCCUAAACGGCACUUCCUACGCCGUCAUGAUGAUCGACCUCGACAUCCCGACCGACAACCCCCCAAAAACAAACACCCUCCUGCACUGGAUGCAAACCGGCCUCACCCCGUCCACCACUGCGACCCAACUCGACACAAGCUCGGGAACAAUGCAAGUCUUUUUGCUCCAUAAGAACAACCAAUCAAACACGACCGCCAUCGUCCCGUACUUCAGCCCCAACCCGCCCGCUCGGAUCGCGCUCAGCCACCGGUACACGCAGAUCCUGGUCGACACGAGCGGGCUCACGGAGGAGGGGACCGAGGUGUUGCGCACGGCGGCUACUACGAGAAGGGGUUUCGACGCAGAGCCGGUGCUGGAACGGGCCGGGCUGGAAGGGCGAAUUGUCGCGGGGAAUUCGUACAAUGUCACGAAUCCUGGGCCGGUGUCGGUCACAAAUGGGACUGCGGGCAACGGGGCGGCCGGCGGUGCUGGCGCUAUUGGGACGGGAGCCGUGGUUGGGAACGGGCCUAGUCAGACGGCCUGGGGGUGUGAUGGCUGGGGCGGUGGUGGCUGGGAUGAGAUUCGGAGAACAGAAGGAAAGAUAGUGCACUUACACAGGCCGCCAAGUGUGAAAAUUGCCGGAUUCGCCUACCAAGAAGUCACCGCCGCCGGCGACAUUUCGUUGGGGCUUUUCAAAUAUUGA